AUGUGCAUCUGCAAUCGCAGAUUCCCCGAUCGUGAAUCCACCCUCGCCCAUGCCUGGAGGGAACAUGGAAUAACAGAAUCAAGGGGCUUCACGUAUGUCGUCCAAUCUCAAGAUGGGUACUACAAGUUGAGAUCCACCGACCAGGACCACCAAGGUGAGAUGAAGCCUGAACCAACUGAAGAAACCAAGGAAGAAGCCAAGAAAUUGAAGGCCAACGACCAGAGAAGGAGAGGACAUUCAGACAUCCUGCCAGCCUGCAAAAGAAGAGAGCUUUCCUCUGAUAACCCACCAGUCCUACAGAUCCCAAGCACAGAAUAUGUGCCAUUUUUCAACCAUUUCAUCACUGAGUUCCUCCCCAACAUGGCCAUUCAAGACGAUUUCAGGAAAUGGAUCAAAAACAACAAAGCGCAGGUGCUCACUGACAAGCUGAGAGUCCUAUGCCCAGCUAAGACAAUCAGAACGUUGCAGAAGGAGAAAGAGCCUAAGAGGAUGGAACAAAAGGGAAAGAAAGAGCCUAAGAGGAUGGAACAAAAGGGAAAGAAAGAGCCUGAGAGGAUGGAGGAUAGGGGAAAGAAAGAGCCUGAGAGGAUGGAGGAGAGGGGAAAGAAAGAGCCUGAGAGGAUGGAGGAGAGGGGAAAGAAAGAGCCUGAGAGGAUGGAGGAGAGGGGAAAGAAAGAGCCUGAGAGGAUGGAGGAGAGGGGAAAGAAAGAGCCUGAGAGGAUGGAGGCGCAGAUUAAGAUGAUUGAGAAGAGAGAGAAAGAGCCUAUCAAUAUGAACCAUCAAGAGAAGGUGAAGAUGGAGCCAAGGAAAAAGACUGUCGUGGUGGAAGAGGAGCCAAGGUGGGAUUGGAUGAACUGGAAGAAGAUUUAG